AUGUUAGAGAAUCAGUUAUUAAGAAAACAGAAAGGAGGAACUGCACCUACACUCGAAAUCAAUGGUGAUUCUGGUGUAGCUGAUGGUGCUGCAGCAGGUGAUUCUAUUAAUGCUGGUCCGUCUACCGACGAAAAGAUCCCAGCAGGUGCCACUGCAUCUGCCGGCACUAACAAUCAAACUCAAGGAGCCACAGUCGCCACAGCCAGCAAUGCACAGACAGUGGAUAAUGCUCCAGCACCGCCUGCAAAUAAUGGAGUUUUGGGUUCCAACAACCAGGUUGGGGUCCCCGCUGCUGCAGCGCUGUUGGCGCUAAAUGGUGGGGGUAAUACCAACGGAGCUCCACCGUCCCAACUCUUGGGCACACAAGCACCUUCUACGGCUGCACAUCUAUUAUCAAAUCAAGCGGUUCCUGCGGCUCAACUGAUGAACGGGCUGCAUUCCCUCCCCGGAGCCAACCCAGCGUCCGACCCUCUAUUGGCUGCAAGAUUGGCACUUGCCGGGGCUUCCGGUGGUUUGGGCAAUUUGAACAAUGUUGGGAAUCCUGCUGUCAUGCCAGGUGCUAGUCAGCAACAGCCAAAUCAUGCCGUUCAUGCGCUGGCAGUAAAUCCGGCGAAUCUCGGGCUUGGGGGAGGACAGCAGCUGCAACAACUUGCUAUGCUGUUGGGUGGGGCGGUAGCGAGACCAGGACCCAGGACAAACAGCACGUUUGCACUCUUGCAGGCAGCUUUUGGAAGGUCUAUUGCAGCUGCUUCAGCACCAACAACUGCUGCCCAAGCGACUCGAUGUGCUCAGGUCAUGCGGGACUUUCCGAAAACCAAGCAUCAGAUCAACAAAAUGGGGCUGCGCCCACCACGUAACAGAAUUGUUGGAGUCGAGGCGCGUGUUGACGAGAAUUGCAUGAGAAGCAGCAUUUCUUUGCAUUUAAGUAAAAGUGUACUGAUAGUAUUUUUGUGUCUGUAG